GCGCAGUCCGACCACUUUGGAAAAACAGUGGUGAGGCUGCGCUUCACAAGUAAAGUAUCGCUGAAAAAUAACAGCAGAGACCAGUAUACACUAUAUAUUAAAUAUCGCAGUUUUGCAUGCUGGGCGACUUCAGCCGGACAAAGAUGAAGUAUGAGACUUUCUUCCGUCCCAGGCAUCUCCUGAAAGUGUUUUUGGUACAGUUAAUCGUCUUCCAGCAAACUUCAGCUGCGCCUUCGCCAAUAAUAAAGUUUCCUGGAGAUGAUAGUAACCCACGGUCAGACAAAGAAGUAGCGCUGCGCUACCUGAACAGGUUCUAUGGAUGCCCUAAAGACAGAUGCAACCUCAUGGUGCUGAAAGACACACUGAAGAAAAUGCAGAAGUUCUUCUUUCUGCAAGAGACCGGUGAGAUAGAUCAGAAAACUUUGGAAAUCAUGAAGAAACCUCGCUGUGGGGUGCCCGAUGUGGCCAAUUACAACUUUUUCCCAAGAAAGCCGAAAUGGGGAAAGAAUGGAAUAACCUACAGGAUAUUAGGAUACACACCAGACCUGGAUCAGGAGACCAUAGAUGACGCCUUUUUCAGAGCAUUCAAAGUAUGGAGUGAUGUCACCCCACUGAAGUUCACGCGCAUCAUGGAUGGAGAGGCUGACAUAAUGAUCAACUUUGGCCGCAACGAGCACGGUGACGGGUAUCCCUUUGAUGGAAAAGAUGGCCUUCUGGCACACGCUUUCGCCCCUGGUCCCGGCAUUGGGGGUGACUCCCAUUUUGACGAUGAUGAACAAUGGACACUGGGAGACGGACAAGUUGUGAAGGUGAAGUUUGGAAAUGCUGAUGGUGAGUUCUGCAAGUUUCCCUUCCUCUUCAUGGACAAGGAGUACACAAGCUGCACAGCCCAAGGCCGCGACGAUGGCUUCCUCUGGUGCUCCACGACCUACAACUUCGACGAAGAUGGGAAAUACGGGUUUUGUCCCCAUGAAUUGUUGUUCACCCUGGGGGGGAACGGCGAUGGAGCACCCUGCAAGUUCCCGUUCAUGUUUCAGGGAACGAAGUAUGAAGACUGUACCACAGCAGGUCGGGAUGACGGGUAUCGCUGGUGUGCCACUACCGAGGACUACGAUCGUGACAAGUCUUAUGGCUUCUGUCCAGUAACCGCCAUGUCAACCGUUGGCGGGAACUCUGAAGGUGCUCCCUGCACGUUCCCCUUCACCUUCCUGGGGAACAGCUACGACAGAUGCACGUCUGAGGGCCGCAGCGAUGGGAAGGUGUGGUGCGCCACUACGCAGAGCUACGACGACGACCGAAAGUGGGGCUUUUGUCCCGAUCAAGGCUACAGCCUUUUCCAGGUGGCGGCCCAUGAGUUCGGUCACGCCCUAGGAUUGGAGCACUCCCAAGACCCUGGUGCUCUAAUGGCCCCUAUCUACACCUACACCAAGCAUUUCCGCCUAUCCAGCGACGACAUCCAAGGCAUCCAGGAGCUCUAUGGUGUCCCAACAGACAAACCCCUCCCACCUACCCAAGGUCCCGUAACUCCCAUGGAUUUUUGCACAAAGGAUAUCAUCUUUGAUGCAGUGGCCCAACUCAGGGGGGAGACUUUCUUCUUUAAGGACAGAUUCAUAUUCAGAUCCGCCAACUUGAGGGCCAAGGCCAAUGGGCCGAUGCUGGUUGCCACGUUCUGGAGCGAGCUUCCGGAGAAGAUAGAUGCUGCUUACGAGAACCCAUUGGAGGAGAAGUCAGUGUUCUUCUCAGGGAAGGAGAUGUGGGUGUACUCAGCCAGCACACUGGAGAGGGGGUACCCCAAGAGGAUCUCGUCCAUGGGGCUACCAGCAGACCUGCAGCGUCUCGAUGCUGCCUACUCAUUCAGCAAAAACAAAAAAACCUACUUAUUUGCAGGAGAUAAAUACUGGAGGUACAACGAGGCAAAGAAAAAGAUGGACCCUGGCUUCCCCAAGCUUAUUGCAGACUCCUGGGGUGGCAUCCCUGAUAACCUGGAUGCGGCCUUCAGUCUGAAUGGAAAUGGGUACAGCUACUUCUUCAAAGAGGAGCACUAUCUCAAGCUGGAUGACAAGAGCCUCAAGAUCGUUAAAGUUGGCGAAAUCAAGACGGACUGGCUGGGCUGCUGAGCAGCACGAUUGCGCCUCCCCCAAGCUCCCCCCCUCCAGGGUGACCUCUUGGAAAGGUCACUGUGGUGUGAGCCUAAGACGAUAUGUACUAAUACCUUGAAGUUCCAGAUUAUACUGGUUUGCUGUACAGGCCAAUCGUCCCAUUGCUUUAUGCGUUUGAACUAUUGGAAAGAGAACAGAAUCUGAAGACAUUGCAUAUAAUUUUGCAGUUUUUACUCUCAUAAACAGAAAUGCUCUGUCAUUUUAUUUUUAGAUUCUUAGACCUUGCCAGUAAAAUUACACAGACCCCAUGGUAAACAGUGCAUUUGCAAUGUGGUAUACAGGCUCUGAAUUUCACCGGGAUUAAGCACGUUCAUGGUGGUCCAGAGCUGCAUUGUGACUGUGUCCAGAACGCCGGUGCUUGGAACUAUGGGACUGUUGAAAAAUAUUUUCCAAAGAAGUGUUAUGAUCUGUAUUAUCAUGGUAUUAUCAAAUCUGCACGUAUCUCCUUUGGAAAAUUAUCCAGGUCAAGGGCACAGGUUGCCUGAAAGUUAUAAAUAGUAUCUCACAUGAUGGAGUCAUGACAAAAUAUACCAUUAAAGUAUUGUUUAAUAGUCAUUUGUAUUAUAGUUGUUCCUAUUUGUUUGUUUUUUUUUUGGCUAACUGCAUAUUUACAGUAUGCAAUAUUUUUGGUAAUACUGAAAAAAUAAAAUCAGUUUGAUGAUCAUUUCUUUUA